GUGCACGGGCAGCCGCGCUUUCGUCCUUCCGGUGUAGCAGGCAGCAGUAGCAGCGUGUUGUUGUGAAGAUGGAUGACGAAGAGGAAACUUACCGACUGUGGAAGAUCAGGAAGACUAUCAUGCAGUUAUGCCAUGAUCGUGGAUAUUUAGUGACACAAGAUGAAUUGGAUCAAACUUUGGAUGAGUUUAAAGCACAGUUUGGUGAUAAGCCCAGUGAGGGUCACCCCCGAAGAACAGAUCUCACUGUGUUGGUUGCACACAAUGAUGAUCCAACUGAUCAGAUGUUUGUAUUCUUUCCUGAGGAGCCAAAGGUUGGCAUAAAGACCAUAAAAAUGUACUGUCAGCGGAUGCAGGAGGAAAAUAUCACCCGAGCUAUCAUAGUUGUGCAGCAAGGAAUGACCCCAUCUGCCAAGCAGUCACUGGUGGAUAUGGCUCCCAAGUACAUCCUGGAACAGUUUCUGCAGCAGGAGCUUCUGAUUAACAUCACAGAACAUGAGCUGGUACCUGAACACGUGGUGAUGACCAAAGAUGAAGUGACAGAACUACUGGCAAGAUAUAAAUUACGAGAAUCCCAACUCCCUCGUAUUCAGGCGGGAGACCCAGUGGCAAGAUAUUUUGGUUUAAAGAGAGGCCAGGUGGUAAAGAUUAUUCGUCCUAGUGAGACUGCUGGUCGUUACAUUACAUACCGAUUGGUCCAAUGAGGUGUGUUUUUACCCUGGGAAAACAAACUUCUGAAGAAGUGCAGUGUUUGAAGAUGGAGGCAAACCAGAGCUAGCCAGCAGAAGAGACUCCAAGAACAUGUACUCGGAUCAUGAAAAGUGUGAGAUAAACUCUUGGCACUUAAAUGACAGCACUUCUGUAAGUUGCUCAGUUAGCAGGCCCCUCUAUUUUUUAUAUUGGGAAAAAUAAACAUUGCAUACUCUGACGGAACAAUAACAUUUAGGAGUAUAAUUUUGUAUUUAACAUUUCUUUCUGUAAAUGGGGCAGGUGACAUGUAUUUAGCUUUUAUAAAGUGGUUUUCAUGCCUAGUACCCAAUAAAUGGAAAGCAAAUAA